GGGGCUCCGCCAUGUACCGGCAGGGCCGGGCCGCUGCUGCCGCCGCCGCCGCCGCCGCUCGGCUCCGUCCCGGGGCCCCGCUCCGCGCCUGGGCCCCGCCAGAGCCCGCCCCGCUCCGCGCCUGGCGCCGCCGGUACCGAGCGCGGCCGCAGGUGAGGGGGCGAACGGGGCGGGGCAGUGCGAAGCGGUGCGGAAGGGGGGGGGGAGGGCGGGGCUAUGCAAAUGAGAUGAGCCAAUGGGUAUGGGUUGUGGUGCGGGCAGGGCGUGGCUAUGCAGAUGUGGUGAGCGAAUAUGAAUGGGUGCUGCUGUGUGGAGGCGUGGGUAUGCGAAUGAGCUGAGCCAAUAGGAGUGGGCUCUACUGCGUGCAGGCGUGGCUAUGCAAAUGAGCUCUGUCGGGGUCUGCGGUUUGUGGGCUGGGCUAUGCAAAUGAGCUGAGCCAAUAGUGUGUUCUGCUGCGUGGAGGGCGUGGCUAUGCAAAUGAGCUUUGUCAACGGGAGUGGGGUUUACUGCUUGAAGGCGUGGCUAUGCAGAUGAGCUGAACCAAUAGAAAUGCGUUCUGCUGCUUGAAGGCGUGGCUAUGCAAAUGAGCUAAUACGCAUGGGUUCUGUUUGUGGGCGUGGCUAUGCGAAUGAGCUGAGCCAAUAGGAGUAGGUUCUACUGCUCGGAGGCGUGGCUGUGCCAAUGGGAAUGGCCUCUGCUGCUUGGGGGCGUGGCUAUGCAAAUGAGCCAUGCCAGUGGGAAUGGGUCCUGCUGUUUGGAGGCGUGGCCAUGCAAGUGAGCUGAGCCAAUAGGAAUGGGUCCUGCUGUUUGGGGGCGUGGCUAUUCAAAUGAACCGCGUUGAUUGACGCGGGUUGUUUGGGGGCGUGGCUAUGAAAAUCGCGCGGGAGCAGCUCCUGCUGUGGGUGUGCAGCGGAGGGGCGGGGCUUGCGCCAGGGGGCGGGGCUAUGGGGUGGUCGAGCGUCCCCAGCGUGCGGUGGCUUCAGCCCCCAUGGGGCAGCUCCAUCCCCCUAUGGGGCAGAUCUGUCCCUAUAUGAGUUAGAUUCCCCUCUAUGGGCAGCUCCAUCCCCCUAUGGGGCAGCUCCCCCUCUAUGGGGCAGCUCCAUCCCCCUAUGGGGUAGCUCCAUCCCCAUGGGGCAACUCCCCCUCUAUGAGGCAGCUCCGUCCCCCUGUGGGGCAGCUCCAUCCCCAUGGGCAGCUCCAUACCCCUAUGGGGCAGCUCCAUCCUCCUAUGAGUUAGAUCCUCCUCUAUGGGGCAGCUCCAUCCCCAUGUGGUAGUUCCAUCCUCCUAUGGGGCAGCUCCAUCCCCCUAUGGAGCAGCUGCCCCUCUAUGGGGCAGCUCCAUCCUCCUAUGGGGCAGCUCCAUCCCCAUGGUGCAGCUCCAUCCUCCUAUGGGACAGAUCCUCCUCUAUGGGGCAGCUCCCCCUCUGUGGGGCAGCUCCCCCUCUAUGGGGCAGCUCUGUCCCUCUAUGGGCAGCUCCAUCCCCCUAUGGGGCAGCUCCCCCUCUAUGGGGCAGCUCCAUCCCCAUUGCCCCACACCCGCCCGCCCCCCCCUCUCAACGGGGCACCCGCAGGACCUGGACCCCCCCCUCGGCCACGUCCCGGCGCUGCCGCCGCCGGCGCCGCGCCCCCCGCUGGCGCUGUCCCCCCCGGAGGGGCUCGGCGGCGCCAUCACCACGGUGGACGGGCGGCGGGAGGACGACAUCGCGGUGCGGGACGGGCCCGGCGCCGCCGUCCUGCUGCUGCUGCGGCCCCCGGCGCCGCUGCUGCGCCCCGCCGGGCCCCCCCGCCGCGCACCCCCCACCAUGGAGGAGCACUUGGCCGUCAUGCACCAGAAGCUGCAGGAUGAGCUCCCCAAUUUCUUCCUCAAGAUCCCCGAUUACGGCCUCUACUCCCACGACGUGGAGUUCAUCAACCACCUCCUCCACCUGCACACGCGGGGCCGGCCCAUGUACCAGGUGGCCGUGGCGCUGUGCCGGGCGCUGGCCUGGGGCUACUUCGCCAGCCUGAGGCUGGAGGUGCUGGCGCUCACCCGGCACCCCGAGGACUGGAGCAUCCGCGCCCGCUGGCGCCUCACGGGGCUGCCCCUGCACCUCUGCGUGCUGCGCUUCUACCGGCGCGACAAGAGCACCCUCCUGCGGUCCUACGACGCUUUCUCCACCUUCUUCCUCAACUCGCAGGGGCUCAUCCGCUGCCACCGCGUGGACAAGCUGAUGCCCGCCCCGACGCCGCUGACCGAGGACAAGAAGCUGCUGGUGGCCGCGGCGGUGGCCGCGCUCUCCGCGCAGGUGACACACACCGUGGCCCCCCUGCACUUCGCCGUGAAGCCCUCGGCCACCCCGGGGGACCCCUGAGGGUCCCCCCCAUUGUCCCCAACACCCCCAGCCCCCCAAUGUUAUCCCCUUAACUUAAUGUACAGAAUAAACACUAUGGAUGGAGCCGUGGCCCGCAA